AUGGGUCCCCCAUGGGUCCUCAACGGGUCACCAAGGCGUUCCCCAGGGUCACCAACGGGUUCCCCAGGGUACCGAAUGGGUCCCCAAGGGUCCCGGAUGGGUCCCCGAGGGUCCCGGAUGGGUCCCCAAGGGUCCGGAUGGGUCCCCAAGGGUCCGGAUGGGUCCCCCAGGGUCCCAAAUGGGUCCCCGAGUGUCCCAAAUGGGUCCCCAAGGUCCCGGAUGGGUCCCCAAGGGUCCCGGAUGGGUCCCCAAGGGUCCCGGAUGGGUCCCCAAGGGUCCCGGAUGGGUCCCCAAUGGUCCCGGAUGGGUCCCGAAGGGUCCUGGAUGGGUCGUCAAGGGUCCCAGAUGGGUCCCCAAGGGUCCCGAAUGGGUCCUAAAUGGGUCCCCGACGGUCCCAAAUGGGUCCCGAAGGGUCCCAAAUGGGUCCCCGAGGGUCCCAAAUGGGUCUCCGAGGGUCCCAAAUGGGUCCCCGAGGGUCCCGAAUGGGUCCCCGAGGGUCCCCAAUGGGUACCCCAGGGGCCCAAAUGGGACUCUAAAGGUUCAAAUGGGUCCCCCAAGGACCCAUUCGUUGUCCCAAGGUCCAAAAUGGGUCUCCCAGGGUCUCAAACCCAUAGGGACCCUGGGGACCCAUAG